AUGGACCUGAUUCCCAAGUUCAACCUCACUCCCUCGACCGUCUCUCUGUCGGUCGCGUGUGUGCUGACGGGCUACCUCACGUCGCUGUCCAUCACGCCGCCGAACCCGAACCCGGAGAAGCAAGACGUAGACGACCGGCUCCGCAAGGUGCUGACGGACCGCACGAUCCGCAACCGCAAGGUUCUCUACACGGCGCUCUCGCUCUACCACGCCGUCAUGGUCCUCGUGUUGCGCGACGACCAGCCGGCCGCCCCGACCGCGCUGUGUCCGUGGGCCGAGAGCAACCUCAACCGGCCCCUCCUGUUCAGCUGGUCCGCGUACGUGGCCGUCGCGCUGGGCGCCGUGUGUCUCUUGGGCGCUCCGCUCCGGCUGGCCUCGUACGGCGCCCUCGGCCGCAACUUCACCUUCCACCUGCAGACGCCGUCGGAGCUCAACACCCGCGGGCUGUACACGUACAUGCAGCACCCGGGGUACACGGGCAACACGAUCGUGCGCGCAGGGUGCUUCGCCGUGUUCAUGCGCUGGGACGGCGUGCUCGGGUGCUGGAUCCCCCCCGCGGCGAGGGCGGCGCUGAACGGCUUCGGCUGGGCCGCGUAUCUUGUCCUGGCGGUCGUGAUGGCCAGGGCCGUCAUGGGCCGAGUCGCCGACGAGGAGAAGAUGCUCAAGGACAAGUUUGGCGAUACGUGGGUGCAGUGGCACAAGAGGACGGCGAGGUUUGUGCCCGGUAUUUUUUGA